CGGCGGCGUUUGGAAGGAAUUUUACUCUCUAAUCGAGAAAACAGAGGAAAAGAGGAAAAAUGAGAGACGCGAGCAGAGGCCAGAGUUGGUCGUAUUGAGGAAGAAGACGAGUAGGCAGAGGCGGUUUGCUGAUCGACCAGCGAGCUCAGCUAGAGAAAUAGCUGUUGGAGAAACCGACAAGGGAAAGGCGCGGAAAUCUGGAACUGAGGAGGGAUGAGGCUAUAAAGGAGAUUUGGGAGAAACCAGAGGGAGCGCAAAGAGGCAAUUCAGGAAGGAGAAAACCGAAAAGAUCCUUUGGGAGCGAAACGAGCGGCAAAGAGAGGCGAUAUUAAGGAGCAAGGAAGAGGGUAACCCCGAGGGUUUUAGGGGCUUCAAAGGUGCUCUUAAGGCUGUUAUACCUCGGUGAAAUCGGAGAGGGGGAGAUCUUGAGAGGAAAGGCGAGGGAUUCGGGUUCUCUUUCUUCUAGGGAUUUUCUAGAAAAAAAAAAGGAACAGAGAUUGAGAUAUACAGAAGCUCAGGGAGGGAAGGAAAAAUUCUUUGGGGCCUCACUCAUUUGAAGGAACUUAAUUUGCUGAAGAAUGGUGGCAUCAACUUCAGGCACCACUUCUCUUAAAGAAUAUUUGAAACGAUACGAAAGCACUGAUGUAGAAGAAAAUAAAAAGAAAAAAAGGAAGACAAAAAUCAAACCAGAUGCGAGCGGUGUUCUUGUUGUGGAUGAAGAUCCUGUUUGGCAAAGACCGAUAAAUCUUGAUGAAGAAGAAAAUGACAAAGAUUCAGCAGAUGAGAAGCCCCAAGUUGAUGAAGACAUUGAAGUUCGAAGAAUGAAGAGGCUGGAACAACUUAGAGCUAGGCGAGCUUAUAACGCUAUUGCUGAGGAUGGCAGUGGAUGGAUUUCAUUGUCUCCUAAACGUAAAAAUAUUGAUGACAUGAAUUCUGAUAUCUCCCCACCACGUAGGCAGAAGUCUCGAAAUGACACACCUCCUCCAGAACCAGGAUUGAGGCCCUUGGGAUGUGGUGGAGAUGAUGUUGAUUUGUCACCUCUAAGGCAACGGAAACACCAUCAUACACCAUCACCUGACCCAAAUGGAAAACGUGCACCUUCUAUUCAUUCAGAUUCUGAUAUUUCUCCACCACGUAGGUCAGGGCACGGAUUGACAGUCCAUCUCCAGGACACCAACUUUAAACUUUCAAGAAAAGAUGAAGAUGAUUUCUCUCCUCCUCGGCAGCGGAAGAAUCGUUAUGAUUCUCCUUCACUUGAACCUGUAAUUUCUGUUGGUCUGGAUUCUGAUUUAUUACCGCCUCGUAAACAGAGAAAAGAGAAUGAAAGUGUGCCGACUAAUUAUAUACUGCCUCGACGGCAGAGGCAGAAGCACUACCAUGCUUCUUCGCCUAAACAUGAUUUAGAGCCUGCAAAAUCCAUGGGCCAAAGUACUGAGUUGUCUUCUGGUAGGCGGCGUCAUGAUUCCUCAUAUCAAGAUGAUAAACGCGCUUCCCAUGAGCUAGUUCUUUCACCCCCACGAGAAAAGGAAUUAAUUGGUGUAGCUUCUGCCAACGAACCUCGUAGAACUGGUUUAAUCAGUGGCCGUGAUAUCCGUGAAGAAAUUUUGAAAACCAAGAAAGAUGAAAUUUCAAGGUUUUCAGCAAUGGAUCCUCAUUUAAGUGGAAAAGGUGCUGAACCUGUGUUUCGUGAUAAGACUAAAGGGCAUCGCAUAUCUAAAGAGGACUACUUAAAAAUACAUCAGAAGGAGGAAGAAAAGCCUAAGGAGAAGUUGGAAUGGGGAAAGGGCCUGGCUCAAAAGCGUGAAGCUGAAGCAAGGUUGCAAGAGCUAGAACUUGAGAGGGACAAACCAUUUACUCGGACCAAGGACGACCCUGAACUAGACAAAAUGCUGAAGGAGAGAGUUAGAUGGGGUGAUCCCAUGGCACAUUUGGUCAAGAAAAAGCACACUGAUGCUGUUCUUCCAGACCUGGGGGAUAAUGAGAAGAUGAAGGAGUCAGGGUUCAUAAUUCCACAGGAUGUUCCAAGCCAUAGCUGGAUAAAAAGAGGCUUAGAUGCUGCUCCAAACCGAUAUGGGAUAAGACCAGGAAGACACUGGGAUGGGGUUGACCGCAGUAAUGGUUUUGAGAAGAAGAUGUUCUUGAGGAUGAACCAAAAACAGGCUACAGAAAGGGAAGCUUAUCUUUGGUCUGUAUCUGAUAUGUAAGUUUGUGUUGUAGGCCUGCUAUUGGCUACAUUCUUCCAUUUUACAGUUGCACCUAUUGUAUCGCCAGAAUCAACAGUAUUUAAGUUUUGGGUUAGGUCUGUUUGUUGCAAACCCUUUGGGCUGUAUUCUGUUGACUGACUCGUAGAGGUUGUUUCUUUGUACUGUUGGAAGCACUUUUUCUCUCCAUGUGGCAUGUUUUCUGAAGACCGACAUCUUUGUUUAUAUCCAAAAUUACAUCAAAUGACCAAUCAAGAGGGUUGACUUAA